CGCCAUGAUCUCAAAAAACGUCAAAGGAAUCUUGUCAGCUGUUUAAGAUGCGUUGUGUGAUUCCCGGACGAUCAGUGAAACUGUUCGCCAAAGCGAUCCAUUGUUUGUCCAAGAUUGGUUGUGAGCUGUAUUUGGAGGCUCUGUCAGAAGGGCUUGCCUUAAGAACUGUUAGCUCAUCUCGUUCAGCAUAUGCCUGCUUUCUCUUCAAUGAGAGCUUUUUCAUAAGUUAUGAUGAUGGAUCGAGUGAUCAGCCCGCUGAUUCACAAGAAGAGGACUUAUUCAAGUGCAAAAUUGCUAUGAAGUCAUGCCUGUCGGCAUUCAAAUCCAUGAAUACCAUUGAGAAGACAGUGGAUCAGUGCAAAAUAGAUCUGAAUGUCAGAGAAGCUAGGCUGGUAUUCCUCCUUUACUGUAGACAUGGAAUCACAAAGACAUACAACUUGACUUUCCAGGAGUGUGAAACACUUCAAGCUGUGUUCUCAAAAGACUUGUGUCCCAACUUUAUGACUGCACAAGCAAAGAUUCUUAAUGAUGCGGUGUAUAAUUUUCCAAAUAACCAAGAAGAAAUCACCCUUUGUGUGUGUCCUGAGACAUUUAAAGUCAAGAACUAUGUGGAUGAUGAGCCAGAUCCAAAUAGAGUUAUUCACACAGAGAUGAUGCUGGUUCCAGAGGAGUUUGAUAAUUACCAGAUUGGAGUUGAUACAGAUGUGACGUUUUGCCUCAAAGAGCUAAGGGCUAUUUUGAUAUUUGCCGAGUUCUCAAGUCAGCCAAUAAAUGUACAUUUUGAAACAAGUGGCAAACCCAUUGUAUUCAGUAUGGAUGGUGAUCCAACUUAUGAAGCUGACUUUGUGCUAGCAACUUUGGUUGAUCAUGAUUCAUCUACCCAGUCUUCCCAAGCCUCCGUCACAGCAGCGGCCAGUAGCCAGCAGCCAUCAACUAGCAAAGUAUCAAAAGACAAGCAAGUCAACAGUUCUGCAAAAAAGAAUCUACCGCCACAGUCUGAAAAAACUCGACAGAAGACUACUGGCAGGUUGCAUAACAACACUUCAGAAUCACAGAACUCACAGAGAAGUGGUCAUGUCAAUAACAAUGAGCGGGAUGACUCCAUGUUUAAUGAUGAUGAUGAUGAUGAUCUGGAUAUCACAGAGAUUGAUCAAGCAUUGUUAGAUGGGAAGCAUCCAGUAUCAUCUCAGAAAACUGAAGAAAAAGAUGACAGGAUAAUAAAUCAUAAAGAUUCUGUUAAGACAGACCCAGUGUUGAGAAGCCAAAGAAGUGCAGAUGCCAAUAAAAGCUCAGUCCUGGAUGACUUUUUCGGCAACUCAUUCCCCUAUCAAGAUUUGUUCACCACAGGAAAACGAGAUCUUUCAGUUAUUCCCGAGGCCAGCCAGGAGAAUGCUAACACCUCUGCCCGCAGUGCAAGACCCAUACAGACCCCGCCAAGUUCAGGCACAGAAGUAUCGUUUGUGAAGAAUGUGGACAUGCCUUCUCUUGGGGACAGUUGUGUGAGCCCUGACGGCAACUCACUGAAACAAAGCGGUAAAAACAAAACAAGAGGACAUGAACUUGAUGACAGCCUGAUGGAUGUGGUGGCUGAUGAGGACUAUGACUUUAUUCCAGGGACUCCGCCACAUAAAAAGUUUAAAUCCAUGUUUUUCAGCGCAUCGAAAAGUCAAGGUGUGUCACAAGAUGUUGUACUUGCCGCCGAUAGUGACGAAGACUAAAGAACAAUUGUUUACCCUUGUCACAACACCGUCACUACUACUGCAGAUGUGUCACGCAACAUUAUGGCAGACUUCAAAAUGGGAAUAACUGUAAGACUGCUGCUCAGCCGUUAUGGCAUGGCCGAUAAGUGUAACUAUGCGGAAAGAUCUUUUCAGUAUUCUGGAACUUAGUUACAUUGGAAUCUGGCCGUAAAGACUUUGCUCGUUGAGGAAAAGAGGUGUGCCAGAAAAUUGUGAGUUAGCCGUCUAUUGAAUUAUCUAGCCUUGUUAGCUGGUAGGAUUUCACGAACUGAGCAAAGACAACAAGAACGUUUUCUCCUGUAUAACACCUUUUAUUAAGAAUAAACAAUGGUUGGACUGACUUAUACAUCCGUUUUAAGAAAAUCGCUUCAGAGAGUCGAUAACACUUUCAACUUUGUAAGAAACGUAACGUAAAGUAAGUUUGAAAAAGUAUGAAAACUAUAUCUACUAUAACAGUUGCCAUGCUGCAAUCAGAGCUGUCUUAGCCAUUGUGAAAAACAUAACACUGACAUGAACAUGUUCAGAACAUAUUAAAGAUAUUGCUUGAAUGUUUA